CAAGUGCCGCUGCUGCUUGAGAAAUAUUUUCGCGAGAAUUCGUUCGCUCCGCUUGAAAUUUUUAAAAUUUCCAACUUCUCGGAUCCGAUUGUGUCGACCAGUGAAAUACAUGAUUUUAUAAAUAGAACACAUCGUCAUCUUUAUAUAUUCGAUUCAUGCAAUGGAGCAUAAUUUGUAAAGGACAAUCGGCCAGGGCUUAUUAAUGCAAUUGAUAUCUACAACAAAGACGGGGUGCAAUGUCUCGAUUUUUAUGGAGACUGUACAUAAAUCAUCGAUCGUUCGUAUUCAUCCUGUGACGUAUUAUAGUCGGCUACGUGACAAAAACCUGGUGAAUUUUAAUAUGGCGACGUCCUUGCGACGUUUUGAACUACGGUGCUUUUUAUAAAUAAUUCUUUUGUUUCCGUGGUACGGUGGCAUAGGAUCUUAAAGAAUUUUUUGAAUUUUUUGUUCGUUUACCAAGAGUUCAUCCGCGCUGGAUAUGGAGGAGGAUGUCUGUAGUAUCGAAAGGAAGGAGCGACGUAGAUUGAAGAAGAGAAAAAGAGGCACGUCGAGUCUAGGACGAUUCUUCAGGAAAGGCUGGUGCAGAGUAAACACUGAUGAGGAGGAAACCAGCUACGAAGAUUCUAUCGAUAAGGAAGAACGUCCACGCUACUCAGAAUACGAAGAGGAGCAAACGCCAAGGUACCGGCCUGACUCUCUCGCUAGUCUCUGCAGGGCAACAAGAUUCACAGAGGCUGAGCUCAAGAGGAUAUAUCGUGGAUUCAAAGCAGAAUGCCCCACGGGGGUCGUACGGGAGGAAACCUUCAAGUGCAUCUAUUCGCAGUUCUUUCCGCAAGGAGCUAACACCAGCCAGUACGCCCACUACGUCUUCAACACCCUGGACCAGGAUCACAGUGGUUUACUAAGCUUCGAGGACUUCGUGAUGGGUCUGAGUAUCCUCUCACGUGGAUCAAUGGACGAGAAGCUGCGCUGGACCUUCUCGCUCUAUGAUAUCAACGGGGAUGGUUGCAUAACGAGAGAUGAGAUGACUGAUAUCGUAACAGCGGUUUACGAACUCAUGGGAAAGUUUGCUGAUCCUAACCUGGACCACGAGGGUGUACGCGAUAAGGUCGAUCGGAUGUUUCAG